UGGACAUCCACCCGAGACCACCUCUAAUGGCAGCCAGACCCAUCUCACCGCUCUACUGCUCCAAAAGAACGGAUUUGUGGAGGAGAUAUCGCCGGAGGAACUCCGAGCCAUGCAGUCACAGUACAGAUAUCCGAACGACCGCGUACCAAAGCACAGCAGCAAACACACACCAGGCACUCGCACAGACCACACAAGUACACACAACAACCGUGAGCCUUCUGCGAGCUCUGGCUAUCACCACUCAACCCCGUUAGUCGACGAAUACGUAAACGGAUAUGCUCGCGGUAUCGGCGGUAUGAGCCCACUCCCAGAUGCCACGCCAAGCUACGUUAAUACACACGUAGGGUUCUCUCCCACACCCAAUAGUGAGACUCGGCCCCAGACGUAUCCAGACACACAUACACACACAUAUAUAUACGCACACACACACCACCCGGAUGUGCGCACAAAUAGGCGGGGGGAGCCACACCUGCAACACACUGAUGUGUACGCCCACAGACACACACCUGCACACACACACGAACGUAGGUCAGAGCAUAUGCAUACGCAAGCACACGCACACACACACACACACACACAACCUCGGGAUAGUCGGUCAGAGCCUGUUUCUGUGCAAGGAGAGGGGCAUAACACUGUACAUGGAGAUGAGGACACACAAACAAACAAUAAUAAGAACGAUAAGGCAUACGAUACAACACAUGCAGAUAAGCAUACACACACCCAAGCAACUAAUAACAAUGAGACAGGCGAUAUAGCACAUGUGGAGAAGCAUGCCCACACACAAACAAACAAACAGACAUACGGUACAACACAAGCAGAUAAGUAUACACACACACCACACGUGGGGGUACGUGAGGCACGCGCUUGUGUCAGUGUCAGAAGAGAUAUCUCUGACGACCCAACACACAGCACAACACAUGCACUGAGGACUGCGGGUGACGGGACCGAUGUAAAAGGUAAUAAGGGCAAAGUGAGUCCUGGACAGAUUAAAACGGGUGCACAGGAUAGCAGGCGCAGCUACAUGGUCGUAGACGGGGAGAGGGGAGUGUACAUAGACAGCCCCGCGAAAGGGUCGGCACGUGGAGAUGGGAGGGGGGGGAGGUAG